CUCCCUCCUCCCUCCAGUCGGGUCUGUUUUCUACAGUCUAGCUUCAUCCCGUUAUUCGGACCGUAUUCCCUCUAAUAAACAGCUGCGCUGCGCACUGCUCGUAUUAUCCGACCACCAUGGGAGUCGACGGCUGCACCAAAGUCAUCAAAUAUGUUCUGUUUCUGCUGAAUUUCUUAUUCUGGCUCGUUGGAGGUUUGAUCUUGGGCGUGGCCCUUUGGUUGAGACAUGAUCACCAGAUCAGCAGCCUGAUGGAGGUUCAGCUAAAUGGAACUCAGCCCCCCACCUCCUUCUACACCUCUGUCCACAUUCUGAUCGCAGUCGGCGCCGUGAUGAUGGUGGUCGGCUUCCUCGGCUGCUACGGCGCCAUCCAGGAGUCCCAGUGUUUGCUGGGAACGUUCUUCGUCUGCCUGGUCAUCCUGUUCGCCUGUGAGGUUGCCGGUGGAAUCUGGGGAUACAUGAACAGAGAAGCUGUUUCUAAGGAAAUAAGGGACUUCUAUGACAGCGUCUAUGACGAGGCCACCACUAAAACCUUUGACACUGAAAACAAAAAGGCUCCUGUUUCACAAGUGCUGAAGGUCUUCCAUGAGACGCUCCAGUGCUGCGGUAAGGACAAGACCACCUCGUUCUUCUCCGUGAUAACAUCUAAAGUCGGCUUUCAGGACGUCUGUAAAUCCGAAUGGAUGGGAGUUAGCUGCCACCAAAAAAUUAAUGAACUCUUCUCGGAAAAGAUUUACCUGGUGGGAAUCGUUGCGCUGGUGGUUGCUGUCAUUAUGAUCUUUGAGAUGAUCUUCAGCAUGGUGUUGUGCUGCGGGAUCCGCAACAGCCCCGUGUAUUAGAGCGACUGAGGGGGCGGAGCCAUGACCACAGGGGUCCCAGCCGCUUUCAUCUUUUUCUUAUUACAUAAAAUGUAUCACCUAUAAUGCUUGCUGGAUUAGUGAGCUCUUUAAAACGCUGCCCUUAAAAACAAACAUCAUUACACUGUUUUUACGUUUAUUUUUUUAUUCACACAUGCUGUCUUCUGUACACGGUCAGCCCUAACCUUGGAGGAUUUGUAGUUUUAUUUUUUUUUAUUACUCCGUGGUUACAAUCACCGGUCGAGGUGCUGUAGAUCUUUAAAGAUUUGUGUUUGUCUCGGUUUUUACUUCUAUCCUGCCUCUGAACUUGCUCAUACAUUCUGUUUGAUGGGUUGAUUUGACUGUUCUCUGUAUAAACUGUAUAUAAAAAUAUGUUAACCGUGCUUUAUGUCUGCCUGAGCAUGGAUAUUGUAUUACACGAGGCCUCUGUGCAGUAGUUUCUCUUUACUAACCUCUGCUCGAUUGUCUUGCUUCAGGCUGAAUCGGUGUUUCUUCCUGACACUACAGGCCUUAUGCACACAGUAUAACAGAUUUAGACACGUUGAUUCACAUCCAUGUUAACAGGCUUCUCCUGCAUGAAUCCAGUUAAUCUAAAAAAAGCUGCUGGGAACACUGCUGUUUCCAACUAUUUGCUCAUCUAUAAAAAAAAAAAAAGAAAAGUUUCUUUUUGCACUUAAUCGCCUAAAACGAUGGACCUUUUCUCUCCUUACAAGCUGCCGUAGUGAGUUUAAAACACUCCUUUCAUACUGAUCAUCACAACUAACAUGGUAGUUAUUAGUAUGACUUUCUGACUAAUAUUUCUCUGUUUUUAAAAACUUCACAUGCGGGGAAAUUGCUGCAGGAUUUGUCUUUCCUGACAUUGUUCUGCUGUCCGCCAUCCCUGGACUAACCCGUUCUAGCCAAGUAUAUCAGACGCGUCGGAGAGACGCAUCCGUUCGCUCUCACCUCUCUAACCUCCAUGUAGUGUCUAGCUGUGGUCAGCCUAUAUACGCCUUGCCUUGUUUAUCAGAACCGGUGGGAAUCUGUGAUACAGCUCUAAUGUAUCCUUAUAGAGAAGGUUGUAGAGAGCAAUGUAUGCCUUUUUCUCUUUGUAUUGGAAUAUCUUUGUGUGGUACGUUAAACAAGUCUGGUGAGGGGGAGGGAGGGGGAUUCAGUGGCAGGGUUAGACUUUCUCUCCCAGAUUGUUUUAAGACACUAAAGUGAAAAAAAAUGUCUAUACGAGUCUUAAUGAGGAUAUUCAGUGUUCCUCCAGUUUAUUUCAAUUUCUGUUUGGCGAAGUAUCUUCUUACACACUGCCACCAGCCUCCACCUCUUUCACACUCCUAGACUUGGUUUCACCCAAAUUUAAAGGGAUUAAAUGUAUUUUCCAAAUAAA